GGAACGAGAGCAGGGCUUCGAGGCACUACAGCAUUUGAACCCCCCCCCCCCACCCCCGAGAACGCUGGGCCCCUGUCGGCCUGACCUGGUCUGGGGUCCGAAGUCCUCAGCAGGGUGUGUGGGGGGUCGCUGCGAUGGACUCUCUGGCAGCGCCCCAGGACCGCCUGGUGGAGCAAUUGCUGUCGCCGCGGACUCAGGCCCAAAGGCGGCUCAAGGACAUCGACAAGCAGUACGUGGGCUUUGCCACGCUGCCCAACCAGGUGCACCGGAAGUCGGUGAAGAAGGGCUUUGAUUUCACGCUCAUGGUGGCUGGUGAGUCGGGCCUGGGGAAGUCCACACUGGUCCACAGCCUCUUCCUCACAGACCUGUACAAGGACCGGAAGCUUCUCAGUGCUGAGGAACGCAUCAGCCAGACGGUAGAGAUCCUGAAGCACACCGUGGACAUCGAGGAGAAGGGAGUCAAGCUAAAGCUGACCAUUGUGGACACACCGGGCUUUGGGGAUGCUGUGAACAACUCUGAAUGCUGGAAGCCCAUUACUGACUACGUGGACCAGCAGUUUGAACAGUAUUUCCGGGACGAGAGCGGCCUUAACCGCAAGAACAUCCAAGACAACCGGGUGCAUUGCUGCCUGUACUUUAUCUCUCCGUUUGGGCACGGGCUGCGACCAGUGGAUGUGGGUUUCAUGAAGGCCCUACACGAGAAGGUGAACAUUGUGCCCCUCAUUGCCAAGGCUGACUGUCUGGUCCCCAGUGAGAUCCGGAAGCUGAAGGAGCGGAUCCGGGAGGAGAUUGACAAGUUUGGGAUCCAUGUGUACCAGUUCCCUGAGUGUGACUCAGACGAGGAUGAGGACUUCAAGCAGCAGGAUCGGGAACUAAAGGAAAGUGCACCCUUCGCGGUUAUCGGCAGCAACACGGUGGUGGAGGCCAAGGGGCAGCGAGUCCGAGGGCGGCUGUACCCAUGGGGGAUUGUGGAAGUGGAGAACCAGGCACACUGCGAUUUCGUGAAGCUGCGCAACAUGCUCAUCCGCACCCACAUGCAUGACCUCAAGGACGUGACGUGUGACGUGCACUAUGAGAACUACCGCGCGCACUGUAUCCAGCAGAUGACCAGCAAACUGACCCAGGACAACCGCAUGGAGAGCCCCAUCCCCAUCCUGCCACUGCCCACCCCUGACGCUGAGACGGAGAAGCUUAUUAGGAUGAAGGAUGAGGAGUUAAGGCGCAUGCAGGAGAUGCUGCAGAAGAUGAAGCAGCAAAUGCAGGACCAGUGACCCAGCCCCAGCUCCACAUUGCCAUGGAUAUACUGCCGGUUUUCCGACUGGCCCUUUUCACCCCUGAACCCCAAUGGCCUGGACUCGACCCUUUUCCUCUGGAUCUCUAACAGGCCUGGUCACAACCCCAAUCCCAAGUGACCUAGACCUGGACUGUCCCCGUUCUGACCCGGAGGCACGGGGUCACAGCCUCCAGCCAUCCCUAAUUUAUUCUCAGCAUCAGCCCUUCCCUUCAUUUGUAUCUGUUUCCAUGGGGCCUGGGCAACACCCCCCCCCUUUGGCUUUGGGGGAGCAGGAGCUAGGGUGGGCUGUGACUUUUGAGAUUUUUACCCUCUACCCCAGAAGGUCACAGCACCCAGACUCCAGGCCCUACUCAGGCAGGAAGGUAAACCAAGGCAGAAUAGGGGAGCAGAUCCCUGGGGUCUCCAACCUAUUCCCCCACCCCAGUGCCACAGCACAGACUUGGGAGCUGUGUUCUCCUGCUCCUGUGGGCCUCCCAGCAUACGCUGAGACCUCACCUUAUGUGGAUGUGGGCCAGCCAGGUCCUCUCUCACCCUGGAGCUCAGCAGGCAGGCCAGGCUGCUGAAGCACUUAGGAUCUCUUCAGACCUAAGGAGGCCAGCCCACUACAGGGGAGGGUGACCUAGGGCUGGGAUGCUUGUGAUAGCCCACACCCCUCCCCCCCAACUUUGGCUUGUGGAGGGAUGCAGGAGCAGGGGGCUGUGGGCUGUCCUCUGCAAUCCUCAUGCCUAGAUUGCUGUUCCCUGCCUGUGGCUGGGGGUCCCUUCUCCCCAGCAGCAUUGUUGCCCUGGGCUCCCUAGCCCUCCCCCCACUCCCUCCACCCGCAUGAACCCUUUCCCAAGCCCCAUUCUCCAGUUUUGUUAAGUUGUGAAUGCCAUCCUGUCCUGGUGACAGGAGAACAAUGUUGGUGAAUGUU